AUGUCAACAACCAACCAUCAGCCACAUCCCCGCUCUCCCUCAUCAAUCAAUCGAAUCUAUCUACUCAUUUAUAACACUGUUUGUGCUUCACUAUGGCUCCGAAUCCUCAUUACCACGAUCCUCAUAUUAGUGUCAUCGUCCGACGUCUCAAAUGUAUACACGUCUCUUGAACCGUGGACACGUCUUACACAAACCUUGGCUGUUGCGGAGAUCAUCCAUGCGGCAUGUGGUAGAGUCUUCUGUUUCCACCUCCCAAGAAUCACACGCUCACCUGUUUUUACAACCUUUACUCAAGUUUUCGCUCGCUCAACUCAGGUCUGGGCUGUCAACUAUGCGUUCCCUGAAACAACUUCCUCCUCGAGCGCUUACGCAGCCAUGCUACUUGCGUGGUCAACUGCGGAUGUCAUUCGGUAUUCAUAUUUUGCAACCAUGUUAGCCGGUUUGGAUAACAUCGCUGUUUUGAAAUGGCUCAGAUACUCCCUCUUUGUGGUACUCUAUCCAGUUGGAAUUAGCAGUGAAUGGUGGUUCAUGUACAAUGCUACCAAAUCCAUAAGCAACAUGGCAGUACUAGGGGUGUUCUAUUUUUUCCUAGGGCUAUAUGUUCCUGGUUCGGUGAUGAUGUAUAAGUACAUGUUAAGGCAGCGGCGCAAGAUCCUCACUCAAUAA